CGCCGGCGGAGCAAGGUGGCUGGCUGGCUGGCUGGGCUGACGGACCAACUCGGAAAUUUGGAAUUUCCCCGGUGGGCAUGGAGUGUGACCUCAUGGAGAAUGACAUCUUGGAGUCGUUGGAAGAUUUGGGCUACAAGGGCCCUUUGUUGGACGAUGGCGCCCUGUUGCAGGCCGUUGCCGCUGGAGCCACUUCCCCGGAGUUUACCAAACUUUGUGCCUGGCUGGUGUCCGAGCUACGAGUCCUUUGUAAACUGGAGGAAAACGUACAAGCCACUAACAGCCCCGGGGAAGCCGAGGGAUUCCAGCUGGAGGUGAGCGGGCUCCUGGGGGAGAUGAACUGCCCCUACGUCUCCUUGACGUCCGGGGACGCCACCAAGCGCCUUCUCGUCCAGAAGAACUGCCUUCUGCUGCUCACUUACCUCAUCUCAGAACUUGAAGCUGCCAGGAUGCUGAGUGUGAACGCGCCCCCCAAGAAAGCUCCCGAGGGUGGUGGGAGCGAAGUCUUCCACGAGCUGAAAGGCAUCUGCAUCGCUCUAGGGAUGUCCAAGCCUCCGGCCAACAUAACCAUGUUCCAGUUCUUCAGUGGGAUUGAAAAGAAAUUAAAGGAAACGUUAGCGAAAGUUCCACCAAACCAUGUGGGAAAGCCUUUGCUGAAGAAGCCAAUGGGACCAGCCCACUGGGAGAAAAUCGAAGCAAUCAACCAAGCCAUAGCCAAUGAGUAUGAAGUCCGGAGAAAGCUGCUGAUCAAACGUCUGGAUGUCACCGUCCAAUCCUUUGGCUGGUCCGACAGAGCUAAGAGUCAAACGGAGAAACUAGCUAAGGUCUACCAGCCCAAGCGCUCCAUCCUAACACCCAAAAGCAUCGUCUCGGUGGCCCAUCUCCUGGCGGCUCGGCAAGACCUGUCCAAGAUUCUACGGACCAGCAGUGGCUCCACCCGGGAGAAGACAGCCUGUGCAAUCAACAAGGUGCUGAUGGGCAGGGUGCCCGACCGAGGGGGCCGCCCCAACGAGAUCGAGCCACCGCCCCCCGAGAUGCCACCCUGGCAGAAGAGGCAGGACGGGCCCCAGCUGCCGGCGGGGGGCCGCGGAGGAGGCAGGGGCGGCUAUGAACAUUCUUCGUACAGCGGUGGAGGUGGCGGCGGUGGCCGAGGCCACGAAUCCGGAGGAGGAGGCCGAGGCGGCCGUGGUGGCUACGGAGGUGGCCGUGGCAACAAGCACCAGGGAGGCUGGACGGAUACAGGCGGCUACCGUGACUCCGGCUUCCAGCAGCAGCCAGGCGGCUACCACGGUGGGGGCUACGGCGGUGGCUUCCAGGCACCUCCCUACACCGGGGGUGGCGGCUACCAGCAGGACAACCGAUACCAGGACGCUGGCCACCACCACCACCAUGCCGGGGAUCGGGGUGGUGGAGGCGGGGGUGGUGGCAGUGGCGGUGGCCGCGGAGGCCGAGGAGGCCGUGGCGGGCGCGGCGGGCGUGGGGGCCAGGGUGGAGGCUGGGGGGGCCGGGGCGGCCAGAGCUAUCACCAAGGCGGCCAGUUUGAGCAGCAUUUCCAGCAUGGGGGCUACCAGUACAACCACUCCGGCUUCGGACAGGGCCGCCACUACACCAGCUGAGGUCCCUGGACCAGGAUCCCCGCGUCCGGCUCGUGCCCCCCCAUCCCCUGCAAGACCUAGAAACUUCUAGGUGCUGAGGUACGGACUUAAGCAUGCGAGACUCGCGGGGUGCAGGCCUGACCUUGGCCCGGCCCUGCCCGGCCUGGCCGUGGCCUGAGCAUUCCUUGGUCUUCAUUGGAAAAUUCUUGCUCGGUUGGUUUUUCUUUGGUUGUUUUUGUUUUGUUUAGUUUUGUUUUUAAAUGGACUUAGAUCUGCUGUUUACUACUUGACAGACUACGGGCAGCAUCUCUCUCUGAAGAGUUGGUUUUUGUUUCUAAAGGUGGUGGCCUUGGACUGACCAGUAAGUAGACUUGAUUUCACAGUCAGAACUCGCAUACCUUUAUUUUAUUUCAUUUUUUAGAAACUACUUGAUGAAGGGCCCUAGCGAUAGCGCAGCAGUAGGGCAUCUGCCUUGCACUCAGAGGACCCAGAACAGACCACGGACUGUGGUUUGAUCCCCUGGCGUCCCAUAUGGUCCCCCCCAAGCCAGGAGCGAUUUCUGAGUA